CAAAAGGGUGAAUAAGAGGUGAAUUGGCGCUUAAAGAAGCAAGGAUUCUGGUGCUUUGGAAUAUAACUUAUGUUGGGGCCAAAGUUCUCAAAUCUCUAGAAUAUUAUGGCUUUCACCAAUGUAGAGAUGGAUGAUGCCUUUGACUACUUGUUCAAGAUCAUUCUCAUCGGAGACUCAAAUGUGGGGAAGACAUGUGUGGUCCAUCGCUUCAAGUCAGGACAAUACCAUACAAAGCAGCAGAACACUAUUGGGGUUGACUUUACAGUGCGUUCCCUGGAAAUUGAUGGCAAAAAGGUGAAGAUACAAGUAUGGGAUACUGCAGGCCAAGAACGCUUCCGCACAAUAACUCAAAGUUAUUAUCGCAGUGCCCAUGGUGCUAUUCUUGCCUACGAUAUAACCAGAAGAUCUACAUUUGAGUCUAUUCCUCAUUGGAUUUAUGAAAUUGAAAAAUUUGGUGCAGCAAACCUGGUCUUAAUGUUGAUUGGGAACAAAUCAGAUGAAUCAGAGAAACGGCAAGUCCUGUUUGAAGAUGCUUGCACAUUGGCAGAGAAACAUGGUCUUCUGGCUGUAUUGGAGACAUCAGCUAAGGAGGCCCAAAAUAUUGAUGAGGUUUUUAUCUUGAUGGCUAAGGAACUGAUGGCUAGGAAUACCUUACAACUUCAUGGGGAGAAUGGAUCUUCACACAACAUUCAUCUGGACUCUAGGCCAGUGUUGGUUUCACAGACUGAGACAUCCAACUGUUCAUGUUGAUCAAAGGCUACAUAUUCCAAUGCUCUCUUCCAUUACAAGAAUUUCCGUGUAGUCUCACUGUAUCAUCCUGAUGCCAUGCCAUUGUUGCUGUAUGUCGUUCUUUGGAAAUAGAAGAUUUCUUGUUUCCAUUGGUCAGCAACAAGCUGUAUGGGCACCAAGUAGCACUGGAUGAAGGACUUUUUUGGCAGACAUGAGCUGAUACAGAGAAGAUUGUCUGUGAAUACUUCUGAUAAGCCAUUUGCUUCUAUCAGUCUCUGGCUGCUUUCAUUGGUGGCUAUGAAAAAAAUGGUGGGUUUCUUGUACUGUAUAUAUUGUGUUUAGUUCAGGAAUAAUAGAAUUGUUGGUAGCAAUUGAAUCAAAUUAUUGUGGGUAAAUACUGAAUCUUUUUUUUUUUUAAAUAGCAGUCUAAACAAGUACAAAACAAGUUCUGCAGGGCUUUGCUACCUAUCUAAGAAAUGCCUCUGUCUAGUCAGUUUCCUGUCUCAGAUUACUAUAACAAUGUCUGUUUAAAUAGAUGUUUAACAGGGCAAUCUUGUUUAGUGUGUGUUUUGGCUUCCUUAACUGAUUGACCUUGUGCAAUCCACAGAUUACCAAUGAAUGACUGUGGUGGUCAAGUGGUAUACCUAAAAGAUUUCAUGGAGAAUAUUCUGUAGUGAAAUGAAAUGUUGAUUUCAAUUAUGUCAUUGUUUUCCAGCAUGUGUAACAACUACUUAGAGAUGGUUCCACAAAACAAGGCUUAGAAUACAGAAAUAUACUGAAACUACAAGCAUUAACAUAGUGCAUUUUUCAGUUACCAUAAAUAUGAUAAACUGUAUACUGUACAGUAGCUUUUUUAAAUAAUAGCAGUAGCUUUUAAUAUUUAAUCAUAAUUUAUUAGUAUGUUUUCAGUAAGUCAAUAUAGCAACAUUUCAAAAUUACUGGAAGGCAUUUGUCAAUGUACAGCUUUGCAAUAGCUUAGUGGUAAAUUUUUUACUACUUGAUUAUGGGAAGACUGAUCUCACUGGCCAUGGUAUUAAUAAUCAAAGAACUGAGUUCUCUUGUUUGGGGUCUUUGUGAUUCCUUUUACUUGCAUUCCCAAACAAGGCAUUUCUUAAGAAAUAAUUCUAAAUUUAUUUCUUAAAGUAGAGAGAGACUGUGAGUUCUCUAUUUUGAUUAAGUGCUUUUUGUGCUUGCCAACUUGAUAAAAAAGCAUUAAGGGAAGAAAUGAAAUAAUCACUAAAUCAGCUCUCCAGAUAUGCUACGCAUUCUGUAGUCCCAACACAUCUGGAAGGUAUGGGUUCGGGGAAGGCCUGCCUCUGUACAGUUUUGAUGCUUUAAUCUUUGGUUUAAAGUCAAAUUUCUUUUCAUUAUACUCAGAUUUACAUUUUUAUAAUAUAAGAAAAUUUAGUAUGUAUUUAUUGACGUUUUAUUUCCUAUUAUCCAUGCCCAAGUUUGUUGCUGAAUUGCCCUGUUUUAAAGAGAAAGGUUGGUUCUCUAACUAGCAUUGAAUAACUAUAACUAUUACUGAUAUAUAUUUAAAAGCCUUUCCUUUUUACAUGAUUUUAAGGUAAAAUGAAGAUUCUAAUAAAUAAGGGACUUUUCCAUCAUUGAUGAAGUAUGUAUUGUUAUGGGAAUAAACUAGAUAGAAGAAAGUUCUGGCCCUAAAAUAAUGAAAGGUGAAUGAGGAAGUAAUGUCUUUAAUGGCUAUUUACAUUAACAUGGUACAGAAGCAUGGUAAGAGGGUAGAAGAAAUCAGGUUUGGAACACAUUAAUUAUUACUGGGUCAAUUUAAUUGACCCAGUAAUAGUUUACUAGGAUCAAAUCUUACACUGAGCACAAAUACACCCAUUAAACAAAGCAUCUGAUUCUUUCAGAGCUAAUAAGGCUUAAGUCUCAGUGACAACUUGGAAGAUCCAUAGGAAAAAUUAAUAGUACUAAUCUACUAAUCCAGGGAGAUUUAUAUGGUGGACUACCUUAUAUCACUAUAUUUAUUAUAGUGUUUAAAUAGAAAUUGAGGCUGAUAUCCACGUUGCUGCAAAAUUCAGAAAAUACAUUUUCUCUUCCUGAAUGGAUUUUCCCCCAUCUCAAUGAAAUCUCAAGAAUACAGAGAUCAUACUUUUUUUUUUGCUUUUUUAUUUGGGAAAAGUGCUUCUUACAAAAGGCAGCUGCAAAGUAACACAGUCUUCAGCAACAUAUUUUGAUUCCAUUUAAAAAUGAAAGGAAAUGCAAUCUAAAAGGACAUAAGCAGAACAAUUCAAGGACAACCCAGCAGCAUUAAAUGUAAUGAAAGUUAAAAUUCCUUUCAAGAGAGGAGAGGAAAAGAGGGAGAAAGAUUUUGAUGACAUCAGGAGUUCUUCCUAGGAGAACUGGUGCCUGACUGCUUUUUCUAUGAAUAAAGUAGCAGCAUGCAUGUUGUAUAGCUAUUAAGCCCACUCAGGUACUCUGCCAAGCAACAAGGAUCCUUCUAAGAGAGACAGGAAUUUCAUUGUUUUAACUCUGAUUAAUUAUCACACUGUUCUACAACUUUGUAAAGAUGAAGAGAACACAAAAACCCCAAUAAGUGGAUAAUUUGGUCCAAAUUCUGGCUAACAAUAUUCCUACACCUGUGUGACUCAGAUACACCCAAUAGGAGUAAAAGGAUGACUAGGAAGAGAAUGGAGUGCUGGUGUCAAUAAGGAAGUGUCUACUCUAUUAGUUGUUUUAAAGACCAUUUCCACAGAAUUUGCUGAGACCACAACAUUCAUUUCAAAAUCCAGUUGAAUGUUAAGAUAUCAUGCACCAAAAGGUUUGUGUAAAGAAGGGGAUGAGAGAAUAGAGGAAAAGGGUUUAAUACACACAUAUACCAAGUUGCCCAGCCCUUGGGAUACAACUCUGUAUUUUAUUUGUAUAUACAUACAUAGAAAGUUCUCCUUUCACACACAAACACAUUUGCCUUUCAUGCCAAACAGUAAAAACCGGAACAUUCGCACCUGGUUCUGGUUACACAGUAGUAAAUAGUAAAUGUGCAAGUAAACAAGAGACCAAAACCACAAAUGAACACAUGUACAUAAGGUGGGGGGGGGGGUUGGAAUGGAGCUAAAGCCAGCCAAGAAAAUAGGUGCUGGCCUGAAAUCUGAAGUAGGAAAAUUGGUUUUCAGAGUUUCUUAUUGUGGAACAAGGCAGUUGGCCAACCUCUGCCCAUCCCCCCCCCCCCCCCGCCGUACAGCCAGUGUUCUCAAGUUUGUAUCUGGGCUCUUGAAAGAUGAGUGUGGAAGUCCUGUAAACAUUUGAACCCUGGAACUGGGUGAAUCCUGUCAGUAACACAGAUAUAAAGCAACAAGUCUAAUCUAACUGUCUGACAGUUAAAUUCAUUUUUACAAAAAAAAAAAAAAA